AUGGGAGAACGAAAGAUUUGCCGUAUUUUCGGUAAAAGUUACAGAGCAAAAUCAAUAUUUAAUCUGGUUAAAAUGCCUUCAUGUACAAGCUCCUCUUCGUUCUAUUGGUUCCAUCUGAACGCCUUUGUGGACCUGAACAGCACUAAACAGUUCUCCAGAGGCUUGGAGAGAUUCCGUAGUCUUUCUUAUCUCUCUGUAUCUAAUGCAGAAAAAUCUGCACGCUGCGAGAGUAGGUGGACUCUCCUCGCCGAAACGGAUGCUUGCUAUAAGACUUUCUUCGGGGAGACGUUCGACGAUGCGGAAAAUAUGUGUAAAACUCUCGGCGCACAUCUGACUUCAAUUCACAGCUUUGAAGAAAAUAUUUUCGUAGCCGAUUUGGCAAAAAUGGACAGACCAGGCACGACUGGGAUUGAUUUUACUUGGAUAGGACUACAUCAAGCAAAUAGCAGGAACUGGACCUGGACUGACGGCACAAAAAGUGAUUUCUUACCGUGGGCAAAAGAUUUUCCCGCGGGAAUAGGAAAAUGUGUGCUGCUGAUCAGUGAUGUCCACGCCCGCACUGGAGUAUGGUAUCAUGGAUGGGCAGAUGAGCCCUGCGAUUCAAGACUGAGAACUUACGUAUGCAAGAAAAUGGCUAUACAUUAGAGCAACACAUGUGCAUGCGAUUGUUUUGGUCGUUGAUGGUGUUUGACAUCUUGACACUGUUGGGAAGCAGUGAAUAAAUUUGUAAUGAAG